AUGUCUGUCUAUUCGCAAAAAUUACAACAAAUUCGGGGCCAAUAUUACGGCCAGAUUUACGACAGGACUCGCGUGGAGUGGGCGCUAGACUAUAGACCCCGAGACGGGGACCGUAUACUCAUAACGUAUCCGCGAUGCGGAACCGUUUGGACCAAACAUAUCAUACUCGCCGUUAUGAGCGCCGGUCGCAGUUUGGAGGCCCAGCACUCGCCCGAGUACUCCGGCUAUUGGAUGGAAGGGUACGGCGAGGAGGUGUUGACCCGGCGGGCACUGACCGACCAGUCGGUGACCUACAUGAGCACUCAUAUAAGCGGCAAACUGUUGGCCUCGGAGUCGGCGGCAAAAUAUCUGAUGAUUUUGCGAAACCCAAAAGACGUAUGCGUUUCGCUGUAUAACUAUUUCCCGGACUUGCGAGCGAUGGGCAACUUUCAUCAGUUCUUCCCGCGAUGGUUGGCCGGCAUCGACAUGUAUUACGGCCAGUACUUCGCGACCGUACGCCAGUUCUGGGAACAGCGCCACCACUCAAACUGCACGGUCCUGGUGUACGAGCACAUGGCGGUCGACCCCGAGCCUAGCAUCAGGCAAAUCGCCCAAUUCCUAGGCCCAGAGUACGUGGACCGGCUGUAUCAGCCAUACCCAGUCUAUGGCACCGGUGCCCUAUCGCUGACCACUACUACAAUUCCCACCCUUUUGGAGCAAAUCCUACGGGCGACCAGUUUUGGAGUUAUGAAACCCGUUGUGAACUCAACUCAAACCCGCCAUCGAAUGGCCGAUCAUUUACGGAAGGGUUCGGUCGGGAACUGGAGAUCAGUGUUGACCAGAGAUGAGAGCGAUUUAAUUGACCAGAGAGUGAGGGACGAGUGGAUGGGAACGGGUUUUACUCCGUUUAUAAACACAACACUAGUCGAUCACUUCGAGAUCGUCUGCAACAGCGGCGCCGACAGCGCCGUCAACAUCAGCUCAAUCCAGUUGUCUGCCGGACAGUGGGGUCUUGAGGCCAGUUGUAAUGGCUAUCAAGUGGUCACUUACUCGUCAUCCAAUUACAUUGCUGUUCAGCUUAAUCCGCCCUUGGUCUUUUCGUUGACCUUUCGCUCGUACCACGUCAGCUCUUAUACCAAUGGUAUGAUUAGUACAUUAUCAGUACAU